AGAGAGAGAGAAGCCCCUUCGUGAAAAUCAUCAAGGGAAAAGAAAAGAAGAAAGCCCAAAGAAGCUCACAAUAGUCGGACAAUAUCUAACAAUUAUUAUAUAUUAUUAUAAUAUCUUCUUAUCUUUUUUCUUGGCAAUGGAUAUUCCUACUACUAGUCACGAUCAAUAUCAUCACCAAUUAGCAGCAGCCAUCGUUGAUUUCGAGGACUACUUUCCAUCGAUGAUCGGACGGUUGGGAGCGGAGGGGUUCAUCUGGGAGCUUUGCAACGGGUUUCGGCUGUUGAUGGACGUGGAAAAAGGGGUUAUCACGUUUGAGAGCUUGAAGAGGAACAGUUAUCUUCUUGGGUUGCAUGAGCUGAGAGACGACGACCUUGUGUGCAUGUUAAUGGAAGGUGAUCUUGAUGGAGAUGGUGCUUUGAACCAGAUGGAGUUUUGCGUUCUCAUGUUUAGGUUAAGUCCAGGUUUAAUGGAUAACAACACCACUAGUAGUACUACUAGUACCAAUCCUACUACUACGAAUAAUAAUAUUAAUAAUAAUGGCACUGUCAAACAGUGCUGGGCUGACGAUAAUUUAGAUAUUAAUCAUGUCAUUAAUAAUAAUGUUAAUGUAGUAUAAUAGUCACUUAAGUACUCAUGAUUAUUCUCUUAGCAUCAUAGUCGUCGUUAUCAAUGUCCUCAUUUCUUCUUACAAAUAAGUAGUGUGUACACUCAUGAGUGUACUAGUCCGUAACUGUACUACUAUGUUAGCUAUUGUAAUUUUACGAUGAUCACUAAUUAAUCUUUUCUGUAAUGUAAUUUCAUUCUCUAAGCAAUAAAUUUUUUUAAGUUAA